GUGGGAGACAGGGUCCUGUAACUUUCCUUUCAUGCACUCUCCAAGACUGCUUACUUUCUUUUUCUUUCGGUUCCUAUAAUCUUCCAGAGGUGAUUCUUUAAACCACCAUAUAAGAAGCAUUGAAAAUGGCUGAUUCCGAGGGAAGUUUUCCGAGCUCACCUGUUCUAGAUAAAUUGGACUCUAAUGAUUACUCGUCAGUUGGGAAGGGCUAUGGAACAUAUGGCAUUGUGGGUACUGCUAUCCUCAUACCUAUAUUACUUUCUACUAUCUUCAUGGGAAAGAAAAAGGUGAAACAGAGAGGAGUCCCGGUAGAGGUAGGCGGUGAGGCAGGUUAUGCAGUUCGCAAUGCCCGGCAUGCUGAGCUAGUUGAAGUCCCUUGGAAAGGGGCAACGACCAUGGCAGCUCUAUUUGAGCAGUCUUGUAGAAAGCAUUGGCCAGAACGAUUUCUUGGAACAAGGAAGCUAAUUAGUAAGGAAUUUGUUACUGCUAGUGAUGGUAGGAAGUUUGAGAAGCUGCACCUGGGUGAUUAUGAAUGGCAGACCUAUGGACAGGUUUUUGAUCGUGUUUGUAACUUUGCAUCCGGGCUUAUUAUGUUAGGGCAUAAUGAGGAUACUCGUGCUACAAUUCUUGCUGAUACUCGGGCUGAGUGGUUGAUUGCCUUUCAGGGAUGCUUUCGGCAGAACAUUACUGUUGUCACUAUUUAUGCUUCUCUAGGUGUGGAUGCUUUGAUCCAUUCCCUCAAUGAGACUCAAGUAUCUACCCUGAUCUGUGAUCCCAAGCAGUUGAAAACGCUAGCUGCAAUAAGCUCAAAAAUAACAACUAUUAACAAUGUCAUUUACUUUGAAGAUGGAGAAACUAAAAAUGAUUUGGGCUUAUCUGCAAGCACAAGCGAUUGGAAGGUUUCGUCUUUUUCUGAAGUUGAGGACCUGGGGAAGAACAGUCCUGUUCCUCCAAGCUUACCUACGAAGAAUGGAAUUGCUGUUGUUAUGUACACAAGUGGCAGCACAGGCCAGCCAAAGGGAGUCAUGAUUACUCAUGGCAACAUUGUAGCCACUGCUGCAGCUGUUAUGACGGUGAUUCCAAAACUGAGCUGCAAAGAUGUAUAUUUGGCUUAUUUGCCCCUAGCCCAUGUUUUUGAACUGGCAGCUGAGUCUGUAAUGUUGUCUGCAGGUUGUGCUAUUGGCUACGGUUCGGCAUUGACUUUGACAGACACUUCUAACAAAAUUAAGAAAGGAACCAAGGGUGAUGCAUCUAUAUAAAAUCCUACUCUCAUGACGGCAGUUCCAGCCAUACUUGAUCGUGUCCGGGAUGGUGUUCUAAAAAAGGUUGAGGAGAAGGGAGGGUUAGCAAAGAAGCUUUUCAACAUUGGAUAUAAGCGCCGAAUGGCAGCCAUAGAAGGGAGCUGGUUUGGUGCUUCAGGAUUGGAGAGAAUGCUGUGGGAUGUCAUUGCCUUCAAACAAAUACGUGCUAUACUAGGAGUUCGUAUGCGAUUCAUCUUAUGUGGUGGAGCCCCUUUAUCUGGGGAUUCACAGCGGUUCACCAACAUCUGCAUGGGGGCUAUAAUUGGUCAAGGAUAUGGGUUGACAGAAACGUGUGCUGGAGCUGCUUUCACUGAGUGGGACGACCCAUCUGUGGGCCGUGUUGGACCUCCUCUUCCAUGUUGCUACGUUAAGCUCGUUUCUUGGGAAGAAGGUGGGUAUACAGUGGCCGACAAGCCAAUGCCCCGGGGUGAGGUUGUAGUUGGGGGAUUCAGCGUGACUGCUGGUUACUUCAACUACCAAGAAAAGAGUAACGAGGUCUACAAGGUUGAUGAAAGGGGCAUGCGUUGGUUCUAUACUGGCGACAUUGGGCAGUUUCACCCUGAUGGAUGCCUUGAAAUUAUUGAUAGGAAGAAGGAUAUCGUCAAACUUCAACAUGGAGAAUAUAUCUCUCUUGGAAAGGUGGAGACAGCAUUAACGUCGAGUGACUAUGUUGAUAAUAUCAUGGUACAUGCAAAUCCCUUCCACAACUAUUGUGUUGCCCUAAUUGUUCCAUCACGUCUCAUACUUGAGAAGUGGGCCCAGGAAGCUGGCAUCCAGUACCAAAACUUUUCUGAACUGUGUAACAAAGCCGAAGCUGUCAGUGAGGUUGAACAAUCACUUUCCAAGGUAGCAAAAGCUUUGAGGUUGGACAAGUUUGAAACUCCAGCUAAGAUCAAGUUGCUGCCAGAUCCAUGGACACCCGAGUCUGGUUUGGUUACUGCUGCCCUCAAGAUAAAGAGGGAGCAGCUGAAGUCCAAAUUUAAAGAUGAGCUCCAGAAACUGUACGAGUGAGAUAGAAGCUCCCUUAUGCCAUGGUCUUGUAACUUCCAUAAAUCCUCAACUGGUGUAGAACAAAAUGCUCCUAUUUGUAUGUGUAUUAUGGCCCUGGAGACCGUGGCUAGUUUAUCAAUGGGAGGGAGGGAACUUGCCUUUGCUAGCUCUAAAUCAUGCCAGACAAAGUUGCCUUUUUAAUUACUCUACUUACAAGUUCCAUGUGAAAUGCUGCUUGCUUCA